GCUUCUGGGAUGAGGGGCAGGUUCAUUCAAGAUAUUUGGGCUCCCAGUUUAUGGGACACUCCACUGCACAGGACUUGCUGUCCCACCUCAAAGAAUGCAUGGACAAACUGGACCUCAGGGGCUUGGUGUCCCUCUCAAUGGAUGGGCCCAGUGUGAACUGGAAACUGUUCGAUCUUUUCCAGAAAGAACAAGCUAAACAGUACGGAGGUGUUCAGCUUGUUUGUGUGGGGAGCUGUGGCCUGCACACGCUACACAACGCGUUCAAGUGUGGGUUCACUGCAUGGCAGCUGGACAAGUUGCUCAGAGCAAUGCACACAUUGUUCCACAAUGUGCCUGCCAGGAGAGAGGAUUACAUCACAGUAACAAAGUCCAGUGUGUUCCCCCUGUCCUUCUGUGCCCAUCGUUGGGUGGAAAACCUACCUGUUGUCGAGAGAGCCCUUGUAGUCUGGCUAUCACUGCUCCUGUACAUGGAGACUGUGAAAACGAAGAAACUCCCGAACCCUGGAACCGCAUCCUAUGACACCUUUGAAGCAGCCAUGAAGGAUCCUCUCAUAUUGGCAAAACUGCAGUUCUACACGGCACUAGCCAGGACCUUUACUCCCUUCCUGAAAAAAUAUCAAACGGAUGAGCCUGUGCUGCCAUUCCUCUCCAAGGACCUGACUGAGUUGAUGAUGAGUCUAUUCAGACGCUUCAUCAAGAGAGAAGUCCUCCACGACAUCACUGCCCUGCAGCUGACCAAACUGGAUGUCACAGACAAGACCAUCUGGCUCAGCCCACAAGACAUCAGCGUUGGUCUAGGUGCCGAGUCAGUCCUUAAGGGGAUGUCAUUCUCCAACAGUUUGACAGUCUCCUGUCCUUGGAGAGCCGAAGUGAGGACUUCCUCUCCUUUCCUCCCAUGCAGAAGAGGCUAGACCUCUUCCUGAGCAGUGUCCUCAGGGAGCCCUAUCCCGAACUGUGGGCCUUCUGCAAGAAUCUACUCAUCCUCUCCCACGGCCAAGCUACGGUUGAGAGAGGAUUCUCUAUCAACAAAGAGGUGGAGUUCGACAACAUACAAGAGGACACUGUGGUCACACGGAGGCUGGUGUGUGAUUAUAGCAUGCAACAUGGAGGUGUUACCCAGGUUCCACUCACUAAAGAGCUACUGGCAAGUGUAGCAGCAGCCAGGGCCAGAUAUCGGGUCCAUCUCGACACAGAGAGAAAGAAGAGGGGGGCAGAAGCCCAGGCUCUUAAGAGGAAGGGAGCAGAGGACCAACUUCAGGAGCUAAGGGGGAAAAGGAGACGCCUACAAGAGGUAUCUGAGGGUCUGGCCAGGGAUGCGGACAGGCUGGCAGAGGAGGCUGAGGGGAAGGCAGGGAGCAAGAUGGCUGACCUAAUCACAAGGUCCAACCUCCUGAGGAGAGGCCAUAAGGAGAAAUUGGCAGAACUGGCUGUCCUUGACAAAGAGAUUGCUGCCAAGAGUGCAGAGCUUAGGAGUUGACUUUGUUUCUGGUGUUCAUUGUUUAUUUUGUUAAUAGCUGGUUGGGGAAGAGUCUCCCCUGUUCUAUGCUGCAAUGGGGUGACACCCCCUCAUCUUUACACAACCACAGAUUUUUUAAUUUAUUUUCUAUUUUUAUUUAACCUGUACAGGAGUACUGUUGACUGCUAUUUUGUUGAAUAAACGAAUACUCUGAAAUUCAA